AUGUCCACUGCCAGUAUCCGGAAGAGUACGGCGUCUGUAGCUUCAUCGACGACACCCGAGAGGUAUCCGCGCCCGAAAUCUGUGGCCGCCUCCGUCAAAUCCACUCGUUCCACGACCUCUACGAUCCGGAAAGGUCCUGCCGCCGGUCCCUCUGGCCUCCGCACUCCAUCGGGCUCGACUCGCGCGCCAUCCCGAACCCCUUCCCGCGCUCCCUCGCGUGCCACUUCCACCGUGUCGACCACAAGCGAAAAUACUACUGCGUUUGAGACUGCGCCGUCCGAGCUCACUCCGAGUAGCGUAGGACGCGUAAGGAAGACCUCCGCGGCGUCCACUCUGUCGACGGCCAGCUCGCGGGCUCCUGGCCCUUCUGCUUCUCGCAGCCCCAAGCGUCCCCCGUCGGUUGCAUCGCGGACCGCACCCUCUCUCAAGGACAAGCCCGUGGAUUCAGUACGGUCGACACCGGUCGCGAAGCGAACUGCAUCGUCGACGUCGGUCUCAUCAGUCAAGUCCACGACUACGAACGCGACGCGCAAGUCGGCUGCGAAGUCCACAACACCCACCCCUCCCUUGCCGAAGCCCGCUGGGGAAACGAAAGCGAACGGAAAGGGCCCCGAGUCGGCGACCGGCGAAGCUGGCGGGACUGCUAAGGGCAAGUCCGCCCGCCCGGCCAUCUCGCACGAGAAGCAGGAGAGCGUGGUCUCUACGAGCAGCGUCUCGACCGUGCGGGACUCGCUGAAACGCAAGGGCUCCACGGACACAAUCCGCGAGGGCGCGGCAGCAAAGGUGCCGCGGGGCGACACGCUCGAGAUCGGCAUCCCGUGCAUCAUCUCAUCGAAGCGGACCCGCUUCCGCGCGCUUGCGCGGUACAUCGGUGAGGUCGAGGGCGAGGUCGGGCCGUGGGUCGGGGUGGAGGUACCAAUGAACGACGCGUGGCCGGGGGACAAGCUCGACGGCCGACAGUGGCACGACGGCACCUGGGGCGGCGUCCGGUACUUCGACAUCGGCUCGUCGUCGGAGUGGGACGACUACGGGGACACGAUUGGGCGGCGGCGGAGGAACGAGUGGGCGGGGAGUUCGAGCAAGAGCAGCCUGGGCAAGCGCGAGGGCGACCAGCUGAGCAUCGAGCGGUCGAAGAGGCUGAGGAGCGUGUCGCCCGCGGUGUCGGACAUGUCGACGUCCGAGUCGCGGGGGCUGUUCGUGCGGCCGCAGCAGGUGCUGUAUGUCGUGGACGCGGUGGUCUGA